CCUUGUAUUUUCUAAUGUCUUGGAGCACCCCUUCAAGGUUGAGUGGGAGCACCUUUCAUACCCAAAAAAAUUUCCUUGCAAAAAUCGGUUGAGCAGGUGCACGGUACCCGCUUGGGCCUUCACAUAUCUAUUAGAGUUAUUGUCUAUCAAUUUGAGGCUAAUCAAAUUUAUUGUUUUUAUUUUUAUUUUUCUAAUUUCUUUGUAGAGGUGAUUAUAGGCUGUCAUGGCGAAUAGCAAGUAUGAGUACGUGAAGUCGUUUGAAAACGAAGACGAAAUGAUGUAUCCAAACUUGAUUGUAGUCCGAAUUGACGGUCGCAAUUUUGAAAGAUUUUCUGAAAUUAAUGAGUUUGAAAAACCAAACGAUGAAAGAGCUUUAAAUUUGAUGAACUGUUGUGCAACCUCAGUGUUGGAGAAGUACCCAGACAUAAUCUUGGCUUAUGGCUUCAGUGAUGAAUACAGUUUCGUUUUCAAGAAGGAAACCAAAUUUUACCAAAGGCGUGUCAGCAAGAUGCUCUCGCUCAUCGUGUCCUUCUUUGCAUCUUUAUAUGUGGCAAAAUGGAGGGAGUUCUUUCCCACCAAGGGCAUGAUAUCUACUCCUUCAUUCAAAUCACGUGUCAUAUGCUGCCCAUCAAUGGAGGUUCUUCAGGCAUAUCUUGCAUGGAGACAGAGAGAAUGUCAUAGCAAAAAUCAGUACAAUACUUGCCUAUGGAUGUUGGUUAAAAAUGGGAAAUCAGAACGAGAAGCACACGAAGUCUUGAAGGGAACUCAAAAGCAAGAACAAAACGAGAUCCUUUUCCAACAAUUUGGUAUCAACUACAAAAAACUUCCAAGCAUGUACCGCCAGGGUUCUUGUGUUCUCAAGACAGAGGUUGAUGAUACCUUAAAGAUAUCCAACAAUGAAGCCCCAGUCAAAAGACUGCGGAAGAAGGUCAUAAUUGUCCAUUCAGAAAAUAUAGCGUCGAGAAGUUUCUGGAAUGAUUAUUCUUGUCUUUGCAAGGAGAUAGGUGGUUUCGAGCAGAAUGUGAAUAAUAUUAAGCAGGAGUAUGUGAAAUCGUUUCAGUCUGAGAAUAAGUUGCUGCCAUUUACUUGGAUCGUGAUAAGAAUAGAUGGCUCUCAUUUCCACAGAUUUUCUGAGGUUCAAGGAUUUGAGAAGCCUAAUGACGAGCACGCUCUGAAACUUAUGAACUCAUGUGCAGUUGCUGUAUUGGAGGAGUUUAACGACAUCGUGUUUGCAUAUGGAGUGAGUGAUGAGUACAGCUUUGUCUUUAAGAGAAAUACUCCACUCUAUCAAAGACGAGCCAGUGAAAUAGUGUCUGCAACUGUCUCAUUCUUCUCUUCUACAUAUGUGAUGAAAUGGAAAGAAUUCUUCCCUAAGAAAGAGUUGAAGUACCCACCAAAUUUCGAUGGAAGGGCUGUUUGCUAUCCAUCAUACGAGAUUAUUCGAGAUUAUCUAGCUUGGAGACAAGUUGACUGUCACAUAAACAAUCAGUAUAACACUUGCUUUUGGAUGCUAGUCAAGUCUGGCAAAAGCACAAGGGAAGCUCAAAGUCUCUUAAAGGGUACUCAAACACAAGAGAAGAAUCAAAUGCUUUCUCAGUUAUUCGGUAUUGAUUACAAUAUGUUGCCCAUCAUAUUCCGCAAUGGAUCUUCUGUAUUCUGGGACAAGGAGACGACAAUGAUGGAUAACGGAGUUGUUGCAAAAUCACACAAGAAAGCGGUCGUGGAACACCCAAAUAUAAUUGAAGACGAGUUUUGGGAGGCACACUCGCUCAUACUCGAAGAGACGUCCCCGAGGUCCCAAGACGUUCUCUCGAUAUGACUCUGAUUAACUUGUAGUAGUUAAGACCAUUUUUCUAUUAUUUGACCAUAUUUAUCUUCUAUUAAGAAAAGUAACAUAAAGCUUAUGUCAUGUUGCUGACGUGACACUUUUUUCUUCAUAAUAUAUGAUAAUAUAUGAUAGGUGUGCUAUAGUAUCAUUUUCAAC